UUUUAAUUGAUUUUAUUAAUUAAAAAUUAUUAAAAUAAAAGAAUGCCAUCAAAAUCAACAACAUAUUGGGAUGCAAUGGAUUUUGAGAGUGAAGAGAAUUCUGAAUUUAGUAGUUCACCACAGGAAACAUUACGUAAUUACGUUGAUCCAUGGGACCUAGAGAACUACGCGUACAUACGUAAACAUUUAGCAUCGACACCAGAACCAUCUACACCAACCUUUGUUGGUGGUGAACCAACAUUUGUUGGUGAACCAACAGAUUCAACAUUCUAUUAUAUACCUGGUGGUGGUAGUGGUAGUGGGGGUGGGGGAGGUGGUGUUCGUAGACAAUCUGAUGAAGGUGAUUAUAAUUUAGAUUCAUUUCUAUAUCCGCCAGAGACAAUCUAUGGGAAUACGGUGAAUAAAUUCGCGGGUAUUGAUGAAGCACAAUUUCAUAAUGAACGUAUUCUAAAUGCAAAUGAAUUGUAUAGUUCGGGUGAAUACGCAACUUCAUCAACGAUACGCAAUCAUAAUAUUGAACCAACGUAUGUACGACGGCAACGUAGCAUAAUUACACAACAACAGCAGCAGCUGCAACCUCAACAGAAUGAGAAAAUUUAUGAUGAGAGAAGAAUGCAACACUCCACGGAAUACUCAGAUAUGGAAACAUCUUCGGAAUGUGAAGAUGAUAGCAGUCCUAUGGUGUCCGAUGAACCCGUUGUAUACGUUUAUGAAACAAAUAAACGGCGUCGUUCAAUGGCAAUACCAAUUCCUUCUAAAUCUAUGACGUUCAUAAAACCACGACGACAUAGUAUGAUGGCUAAAACAACAUUACCAAAAGAUUACGACCGAUAUGGAUCACAAAGCAGUGACUACACACCAACAAGAUCAUCAAUAUAUGGUAAAAUAAAUCCAAUAAAACCCAUAAAAAACACCCAUCAACAACAAGAACAAAUAUAUGGUUACAGUCAAAGUGAAUUAGCACAACCAAUUUAUGUGGAUCGAUCAGAUAUUUAUAAUACAAAUACAUUGGCGGCACAUAGUUAUCGUGACGAUAAUAAUAUUUAUGGUACAUAUAAGAUCCGUAAAGCUAGCACACAUAAAUCAAUCAAAUCAAAUGUAUUAUUAGAGCCAACAAUGCCAAUAUAUGAUCAAGCAACAAUAUUACGUCGAUUAAAGAAACCAACUAAUUUUGGUUUAAGUAAUUAUGGUCAUUUAAAAAUUGAUUAUUCAUUUAAUUGGAACACUUUGGAUAGAUUUAUUAGAACAUAAAAAUAAUCAAUUAUUACCUAUAGAUUACUUAUUUACUUUUAAAUAGUAUUUUAAGAGCCGACAUACGUAUCUUAAGGACGUUCCCAAAAAAUUACGUUUGCCUUUGACUAUUUGUUCAUUUAGACUUAGGUUGCGGGUUCGAAUCCAGGCAGCGGCAGU